AUGUAUCCUGUUUUCGUGGCUGUAGCAUCGGCUGCAGCUUGCAUUCUCAUAACGCUAUUAUGGCAAAAAUGUACAGAUUUUGUCGCCUUCAACAUCAAGAGACGACAGACGGGCUGCUUCAGAGCAAAGUUGUAUCCGCACACAGACAGAUUAUGGGGUUCCGAUCUGGUCAAACAACGACAACAGGCUACGAAGAACGGGAACUUACAAGCCUUGUAUACUCGGCAUUUCAAGAUGUUGGCUAAAACUUGGGAAGAAGUCUUUUGGAACCAACGUGUGAUAAAUACGAUGGAUACUGCAAACUUGCAAUACGUUCAUGUAUUCGGAUUUGAAGAUUUUGGGAAACCAAAUCAUAGAAUGAAGAUCAGUGCUCCUAUUUUAGGGAACGGAAUAUUUGUUGCCGAAGGCGCUCGUUGGAAACAUUCCAGGAGUAUCAUAAAACCCAUAUUCGCAAGAGCGGAGCUUGAGAACAUAUCAUCAAUGGCAAAGCAUGUUGACCGUUUUCUAAACCUCUUACCACAGAAUUCUGAAACCUUUGAUAUUCAACCUAUGUUGAAGAAGAUGGUUCUCGAUAUUUCAACGGACUUUUUGUUCGGUGAGUCCAUAGAUGCUCAGACACCUGAAGGAGGUCCGGCCGCCGAGCGAUUUCUCCAAGCCUUAGACGAGAGCUUAGCAGGUUGGCACAAACGACGUUUGGCUGGACUUGGUUCUGUGCGCUAUAUUUUUGACAAAUCUUGGUCUAGUGCAUAUAAACAACUCUACGCUUUCAUUGAUGCACACGUUAACCGGGCGCUCGAGCUCGUCUCAUCCCCCCAAAGCGACAAAAACUCAACGGAUCCAGUGGAAAAUAGUUCUGAGAAAUAUAUUCUCCUAUAUGAGAUGGCAAAAGAGAUCCGCGAUCCAAUACGUCUUCGCUUCGAGCUUAUCAAUGUUUUUCUACCAAGCCGCGACACUACCGCUGCGCUUCUUGCCAACACUCUCUUUCAGCUCGCUCGGCAUCCUGAAUAUUGGAAACAGCUCAGAAAAACAGCAUUAUCGCUUCCAUUUGAUCCAACUGACCAUAAGCAAUUAUCCUUCUCGACCCUGAAGUCUCUCACCCCGUUUCGCUAUGUGAUUCAAGAAACAUUCCGCACCAUCGGCCCAGUGGGACGAGUUUUCCGGGCGGCACGCAAAGAUACGAUGUUACCGCGCGGAGGAGGACCAGACGGAAAGUCUCCAGUCUUCGUAGCAAAGGGAACGACAAUCUGCUCACUCCCAUAUCACAUUCACCACGACAAAGACAUCUGGGGAGAUGAUGCUGAUGACUUUCGUCCUGAGCGUUGGGCAGAGGGGAACAGGAAAAGCUGGGAGUAUGUGCCUUUUCUAGGUGGCCCAAGAAUUUGUCCCGCACAACAGCAAGUCCUGUCGCAGGCGACGUAUAUACUGUUGAGGCUGGUGCUGGAGUUUGAGUGGAUUGAGAAUAAGGACGAGGUAGUAGAAUACGUGGAGUUGCAAAGAAUGGCGAUUGAGAGCCGAAGAGGUGUUAUAAUUGCUUUGGGGCCAGCAAAAGAUUGCCGUACUUAA